GGUUGCGUACUGUUUUUUUUUACGUGCAGCAUAAGGGCUCUAGAUGAAUAAGGGUUACUUUCUUUUAUAUAAAAUACGUGAUAAAUAGGAAAAUGUAUACCAUCAUAUCAAGCUCACACCAAAUAUAAACGUAUGAUAUGUCGAGGUUUGUGAGAUGACUUCAUCAUUGGACUAAAAUCUUUUUCCGCCGAGACAUUUCUUCAGGUUUGAAAACAAGAAAAAGUCACUAGGAACUAAAUCCAGAGAAUAGGACUUAAAAUGGAUGAAACUAAUCGUGAUGUGUCUCAAUGUGCACGGGAUGUAUCGCAGUUUAUGCUUGAUGAUUUGCAGCUUGCUGCCGAGCUUGGAAAAACGCUACUAGAACGAAACAAAGAGCUAGAAAUAUUUCUCAAGGAAUAUAAAAGCAAGGGAGAUGAGCAGGAGCGUGAAAUAUUGCAUCUUCGUAAGCAUAUUAAUGCCAUGACUGAAGUAAACGAUUCUCGUCUUAAAGUUUACGAACAGCUGGAAGUAGGUAUUCAAGACCUAGAACGCACAAACCAACGCCUCAACAUUGAAAAAAAUUCCGAUAAAAAGCUAAUUAAAACAAUAUCUUCCAAUACUGAAAUAUUGGAAUCUCGCUGCGAAGAGCUCAGCCAACUGCUAAACGAAUCAAAACAGACCCUUAGUAUUGAACGACGGAGAAGCGAUCGGUUGCAACAAGAACUUAAUAGUAGCGUGCCCCUUGCUGAUAAACAAAUUGGCGAUCGCAGUGACCAGGGAAUAAAUUCGCAUGCAGACUAUAAUAUAAAGUUUUUCGAUUUUAAUUGUAAAGCAACAGAUCACCGUUUAUUUGAGCAUCGGAAUAUAGCAAACUCAACUGGCGUUGAAGAUCUUUCUCCUCCAAAUGACAGUCUACCUUUGGUUGUGGAUAAUAAAAUUUGCGACAAAUUCGUUGCAAAAGGUGAAGACAACGAAGAACUGGUUAAUCUAAUUAGUGACUUGGAACUUAUGAAACGAGAAUUAUUAACAGAGCAGAAACGUUGCGCUGAAUUGGAGGAGCAAUUGAUGGCCAUAAUACAAGAGAACCAAGGUCUUCAAACUCGUCUUGCUCAAAAUAAUGCCAAGGAAGAAAUGAUGUCCAUGCAUGAGGAGUUCUCUCUUUUAGACGACGUAAGACAGGGGCAAAUGUGCAGUCGCUGCUUGGGUGCUAUAGAUGGACGUACAACAAACAUCGACGAACAAUCUUCCGUCGAUCAGAUUGAAGAAAUUUAUGAAGACGACGAACAUAAUAUGACUGAUUUGGAAAAUCAAUGUGAAAUAGAGCUUGUUACCAACGAAAUAUCUCAAUUUUCCAACUUUCCACCUGGAUGUUCUUAUAAGGAACGUUUUCGGGACUCACUUAAUCCCAAAUCACUAAAUCCCAUCGAUAACUCAAAUCCAUAUCGUGACUUGGUCCAGAAAUAUGAGGCUUUAGUGGAGGUCCAGAGGACUUCCAUUGCCGCCAUGAACAUUUUUGGUACCGACAAAGACAAUGACAAGCCAAAAAAAUGUAGUCCAAGUAUUUUGAACCUGGAACCUGUUGGAAUAAAUGCGAACAAAGAGGAUGGAAUAGUGGUUGAUAAAUCAAAACAAACGAACGAUGGACUAGGACGGACUUCAACUGAGCUGUCAGAAGUUGAAACUUCGUCAUCGGGUUAUUCAGAUGACACAAGCAAUAAGCACACGCAAACCGAUGAGCGCCCGGGUUACUUUCUAUGCUCAAUUAGUGAUGGAAAGGACUGUAAAUUUAGUAUUUACGACGAUGUAAGUCCGAUAGACUCCCAUUUUCGUCACCGCCCUGAGUACAGAGAACUGUUUAAAGAAAUAUUUGGAGUGCUUAAGAAAGCCGCCCAGAAUAAUGAAGUAGGCGAAAAAUUGCCAUUGCUAGAAGAAGAAUCUCAUACUGUAAAUCGAGUCUCAUCAAAAACGGAUAUAAUAUCUCCAGUAACCCCUGUAAUCGAAGAACAACUGGAGCGAUUUAUUGAUGAAACUCAAAGCAUAGCGUCAUCUCUUACAUCUAAUCAUUCGAUAGCCAUAUCAGAGUGUAUCACAAAAAUAGAACGCAAGACAGCUAAAAAGCACUUAAAUGAUUUAAGAAGUUAUCAAAACAAGUCACCAAUGAUCAAAGAAGCAUCUAAUUCGCAGCUUAAUAUGUCCAAGAAAAAAUCAUCUGUAUGUGAAACAAAAAUUCAUCCUAUUGAAGAAAAUGGACGGAUUUUCACUCCAAUUAAGCGAGAACCACUAGAAUAUUUAACUGUGGGUGUUGAUAAAAAAAAAAACCGUCGGAAGCAUCGAAAUCUAUCCACAUUUGGAGAUCGUUUUGAGCGAAAAUUAUGGGAUGACAUAGACAAGAGAAGUUCUAGCAAUGGUGACCAUUAUGAUAAUGUAAACUUUACUCCAAAAUCUUCUGAAAAAUUCAAUACGGAUUUCUAUGGCCUUGGACGCGAUGUUCGCAAGCGGGCCUCAGAUUUGUAUAACAAUUGGAAUGGUUCCCAAGUGGUAAUCUAUAACCGAAAUAUUAAUACAUCUCAAUCUGCUAGUGGUCGUGUUAUAGAGCUGAAUGGAAUUGAGUUUUAUCAUAAUACUGUUUCACAAGAACUGCACAAGCUUAAAAAACUUGAUCUGUCGUACGCGGACGUUCUGCGCCGCGCCGACACUUGUGAGCAUAUGCAUUCAAAGUUUCGUAAGCAACGACUACACGCAAACGGCCUCAAUUCUAUAAAAAAAAAAUCAUCAACAUCGUCAAUAAAAUAAUUCUACGGUAUUAAUAUUUUGCUAGAGGUCUUAAGGGCGUCAAACAGCUUAAAUUCGAUUCUAGUCUUAUUUUAUAAUGUCAACUUUUCACGUUCCAAAUAUCAUACAUAUGUUUUUCUGUAAGCUAUUAAUCAGUUUUAAUUUUAAUCUUACUUUCAUAUUUCAUAAUAUAUUUGAAUUUCAGCUUUACAAACCUUGUUUCAAGAUCAACUUUGAAUUCCUGACGAAAAGGAAAUGCAAAAACUAUCUAACCAUAAAAGAAGAAACAAAAAAUUAAUAAAGAUUAAAGAUCUCUGAAACAUUUACUAAA